UGCACAGGCGGCGGGCCGACCUUACGCCAGAGACACUCGGGGGGGGUGUAGCAAGCCAGCCCCCGAGGCCUCUGCUGCCGCCGCUCCCCCGGCCGAUCGGCCUGGCCCCGGCGGCCCCCUCGCGGCUCCGCAGGGGCUGCUUCUGCCGGGCGAGGGGCGGCUGGAUCCGGGGGCGGGCGAGCCCCGGGCCCCUCGCCGGGCAGAAGCCGCCGCGGGCCGCCGCGGAAACGCCCGCGCCCUCCCGAGGAAGCGGGGCCGAAUCGCCCGCGGACAGCCGAGGGGCGCCCGGGCCCUCUCCCCGCAGGCCCGACCUCGGCCCAGCGCCACACGGGGAGGCCUCGGAGGCGGCCCCGCUGCCGUCAGGCUCAGCCCGGAGGCCUUCGGCGGGCCGCUCCAGCGCGGGGGGCCGCUUACCGGCCUCGAAGUGGUUCUGAAGAAGUCACAGGCGGCAUGGAUCAGAACUGCCCCUUUCCUGUGGAUUUGCUCAAGCUCUCCUGGGGAAGGGCCUCUCUCCGGGACGCGUCCCUUCCCCUCUGCCAUUGGACCACUGCUGCAGCAUCAGCACCAAAAUGAGCGAAGGACAUCGCUGCUCCCUGCACCCCCAGCGCCGCCGCCGCCGCCGUGUUCCUGAUGCCAGCCUGCAGUGCUUUUCCUUGGCUCCCGCAGCCUGCCUCCAUCCAGGUGGGGAUGGCUGGAGCAGCAAGAGCAGCACUAGCGGCUCAGCUUAAAUCUGAAUCGGAUCAAGUGGUGAUGCAAGCGGCCGGCGCAAUGCUCCUGUCCAGACCAGUCGAUAAUCUUUUGUCAACAGCCACUACACUGCAUGGAAGGGAUCAGCGCAGCAGCCCCAGCUCAGGGUCCCAGAGGCAGCGGGAAGACCAGCUCCUCACCAGAUAAAGGAGGAAAGCGACCCAAAGUUCAGCGUCAGUGAGGAUGUGGGACAUGGCGGACAGUUCUCAAGCAGCAUCAAGUCCUCCUCUAGCAAGGCCUUCCUCCCAAGUGUGUUCCCAACAGGAGGACCUUCCUUUCGGUUCCCAGGAGUUGGCUUGCACCCGAACAAGAGAAGACUGGGAAGGUGCGGAUGGCAACGAACUGAUCUUUGCCUUGGAUAAAGACGAGGAAGAAGCUGAUCCACCAGAAAGCUUCCCCCUGUGCAAAGGCAUCAGGCAAGAGGAAGCCCAUCCAGCAGGGUCCGUCCUCCAUGUGCCUCCCUCUCACCUCGAGUCAGAUUUCUUGCCUGCUGCGCUCCUUUCCAGCUCUCCCAGUUUCCCUCCUCAGAAACCAACGGGACUGGUAAACCCGCAGGGCCCCAGGCCUCUCAUCAACUUAGUGAAGUCUCUCUCGACUGAGAUUGAGUCCCGAGAUGGCUCCUCCCUCAAGACCCAGCCUCUUCUGAGCUUGGUCAAAUCCAUUUCCACCGAGAUUUCCCAUCUGGAGCCUGAAGUGACGCCAUCAAAAUCCGACUCCAAGCUCAAUGUUCACCGGUGGCGUCAGAUCACCCAACCCAAGAGCAAAAAUGGGGACUCCCGAACAGCCCCCUCUUCUCCCAGCACAUCUCCUUCAGAGGGCAAAGGCAGCUUCUUCAAGGCCCAGGAAGCCAAAUUUGAGGACACCAAAAGGCGGUUCUCAGAGGCUAUGCAGGAGCCCCUCAGCAGGCUCAGCAAAAUCAUGGGGGACGAGAAUCACGUUCCUCCCCAGCGCAAGGCCCCCCCUUCCGGCAGUGACAGCCACAAUUCUCCUCCCAGCCUCUGCAGAGAUUCUUCCACCUCAGAGGCCAAGAGUGACGUCUACGGCGAUCAGCACGGAACCACGUUGGGCCAGGCCUGUCAAAGGAGGCAAGCAGAAGAAUAUUUGCCCACAGAACAGAAAUGGGGGCCUUCAUUGAACUGCCAGUAUGAAAUCUGCUCCUAUGGAGACGUCAUCCAGGUGGUGGAGGUGGCUCAUGACAAAAGGGCCCCUGAGGAGGCAGUGCGGACUGUCCAGCCUCUGGAGGUCUUGUGCCCAAGUCAGCCUUGUAAGUCAGUGCCGUGCAAAGUCCUUGCCUGCAUUGCCCUCUUGGCCUACAACUACUUUGUCCUGCCUUUGCCCCCCUAUGUCUCUGGCCUCUUCCUUGGCUUGGCCUGUGGGUUCCUGUUGGGCUUCCUCCUCAUCUUGCUGUUAGAACCAAAGCGUUCCCUGUCUCGGCGGAAAAGAGGCCCCCCUUGGGACAAGAUGCCACCAGAGAUGCUGAAUCAGCAGUCCCGAGAACCCGUCAUCCUCAAGGGAUGGAUGAAUGAAAUGUACUUCUACGAUCCUGAGCUCUAUCACCCAUCUCUGACCCAUUCUGUAUUUGUGACCUUGGAAGAUUCCUCCAUGAAGCUCUCCUACCCUAAAAACAAUAUCCCCCGGCGGGCCACCUUUGAAGAAGAGAUCUCGGAGGUGGCUUUUGUGAAUCACCACCAUUAUGACCUAUGCAGCGCAAAGGUCUUUCUGUUUCCACCUGGGCUGGCUCGGAAGAGGAUGUGGAACAAGAAAUACCCAAUCUGUGUACUUUUGCCUGAGCAAGUUGAUCUGGGCAGCAAGGGGUCAAGUGAGCAUGACGCAGACCAUCCAAAGGAGAAAAGUUCCAGGAAGAAGCCGCUCCCCAGCCAAGACAGCCCUUCGAAGCACCCAGCCAACCCCCAGGAAAGGACUCUUUACCUCUUUGGCAGAACAGGAAGGGAGAAGGAGGAAUGGUUUCAGCAUCUCGUGGUGGCUUCCCGGGUGGGACAUCCUGAGCCACACAAUGUCAGUCAAAGUGAAGUGCGGUCAGGUGUCAGCCAGCUCAGCCCAUCCGGCAGAGGGAUAUACAGCAACUGCAGCAGCCAGGGAAGUACAGAAGACCUCCCUUCCCUGGUUAAAUUCAAGGAUCUGGUUGGAAAUGUCCAGGAGAAGCUGCAGUUGGAUUACAACACAUACAUGACCCGAAUCAUCCCGACGGCAAACAGCUCCAGCUGCCCUGAGAGUCCCUGCCCCGGUGUGACUAGCAGCCUGACACCCCAAAAGGGUCCUGGAGAUGAGAGCGUCACCAGCAAGCCACAGACAGCGUGGAUCAACGCAGGGCUUGGACGAAUGUUUUGGGACUUCCUAAGGGAAAAAUAUUGGGCAAACCAGGUUUCAGACAAGAUUCAAAAGAAACUGGGCCGAAUCAAGCUACCGUAUUUUAUGAAUGACCUCACACUCACUGAGCUGGAUAUGGGGACCUCCAUCCCGCACAUAAUCAGCGCUUCCAGUCCAACUGUUGACCAUCGAGGGCUUUGGGUUGAUAUGGAAGUGACCUAUAGUGGAUCCCUGCAGAUGACCCUGGAGACCAAGAUGAACUUGUGCAAGCUGGGUAAAGAAGCUCUGGCAGAGGACAGCCGGAAGGCCGACAGUGGCAGGGAAGGCAUCAAGCCCCGGCUAGUCCUACUGGCGGAUAGUGACGCUGAGUCCUCCAGCGCCGGCUCCUCUGACGAGGAAGAUCUCCCCGCUGUGGAGCCUUCAGGAGCCCCAGGAGACAGGAACGUACUUCCGGGAACUGAAGGCCACGUCAGCGGCAACAGCACAAGCCGGAAAAUCUUACGCAUUGUGGACAAGAUUGCCAAGUCCAAAUACUUCCAGAAGGCCACUGAGAAUGAAUUUAUCAAGAAGAAGAUUGAGGAGGUCUCCAACAUGCCAUUGCUGCUUACUGUAGAGGUCCAGGAGCUGACAGGCACCUUGACAGUCAACAUUCCUCCACCUCCAACAGACCGGGUCUGGUACAGCUUUAGGAUCCCCCCACAGCUCGAUCUGAAAGUCCAUCCAAAGCUGGGAGAACGGGAGGUCACCUUCAUCCAUGUAACUGAAUGGAUCGAGAAGAAACUUCAGCACGAAUUCCAGGGUUGGAAUCCCAGCUGCCUUUGGAAGAACUCCUUGGGAGAUGGUGAGAAGAAAUGUAGAGGAGGGACUCAACCCACCCAAGACCCUAAAUGGGGUUGGUCCAAGAUAGUCCAACUACUGAAUAAUCGGGGCUUGAAAUGGAGCAUCACUCAAGAGUCAGUCGUAAUGCUGGUUUCUGAUCCAUCAGUUCAUCUCUCCAGCUGUCCCCCGCUCCCCAUCAAAAAAGCUCUUCCUUUGGGAUGUUUCAGCCCAGGACACAUUUAGAAGCAGAUAAGAAAGGUAGACAGAAGUCAGCCUUCACCCCAACUGCCUCCAGCGCAAGCAAAGACGUUGUUUAACUUCAUCACAUUUGCCAAGAGGACUCCACUGUUUUUGCAGAUUUCUGUCCUCCUGACCUGACUUUGCAAACAAGAUCUGGGUCCGCUGAGUAUAAAUGCCAGGCCCAUUGAUCAUAAGACUGGAAAGGAAGGCUGACCAAAUGCCAAAGAGUAAGCCCUACCCUCUCCUGAGAGAACUGGUAUGGUCUAGUGGUUCAAAUGCUGGGCUAGGGUCUGGGGAGACCCAGGUUCUAACCCUUCCGGGGCCAUCAUAUGGGAACCUGGAGCCAGUGGUUAUUUCUAAGCCCAACUGCCCUCACAGGGCUAUUGUUGGGAGGAUAAAGGAGAGAACCACCUCCGCUUCCCUGAACUCCCUGGAAGAAGGUGGAAUAAAGACAUACAGAUAGUGAGACUCCUACCUAACUUGUGUCUAGGCUGGAGUCCAAAGUCAGUUGGGAAGGUCAGUUUCAAGCCCAGAGCCCUCUAAGGAAGUUGCCUCCUGCUGGGUCUAGGGGAGGCGCAGAAAGUGCAUCGGGCAAAGGGGAAGAGGUCACUGGGGAACUUGGAAUCUGAACCAUGUUGACUGAGUCUGAAGGCCAAGUAGAGUGUGCCCCAGAGUGUCUGAGGGUGUCGCCUCUUUCUUUAGCAACCUCAGCUGGGUCACUCUUGGGCUAGAGGCUAGGGAUGGUUUUACAGCAGGCUGCGGGAGGUUUUCCUAAGCAUUGCUGUUCCCUGAGACUGGAGGCCAUAUGAGGAGGCAACCAGGAAACCACUCUGGGGAUGGGAGCAAAAAGCAUGUGUAGACAGCGCAAACCGGAACUGGUCAUCUGAGCAUGAUAAAAAUCCAGCCCUGGACACUACAGAAAGAACCUAAUUGCUUUUAGGUGGUUCAUGUUAUGUUUCUGUGCAGCCUGGGAGGCUGAGAGAUGGUGCUGUGCUGCUUCCCUGUAUUGAGUCUAUCCUCUGCCUGUCUUUAACCCCUCCCCCCCAUGCCAAACCCAAGGGAUGGCAUAUCCCAACAGCUGGCAGUGCCAGCCACAUCUCAGUGCAAAGGGAGCUGAGCAAGCCAGUCGUUCAAAGAGUCAGCCCGCGCUGCAGCAUGACGGGCAACUAUUUUAAUCUUCCACGCAAUAAUUUAAAAAGUAACAAGCAAUAGCUUUGGGCAAGUUAAUGAUAGGUCAUGACUAAUCAAAGGGCUUUGCAAACCUUGGAAAUCUAGUCAGCAAGAGGCAACGAGAGAUGGUGUUAAACAUGAAGGAAAUAAAGGUUUGCAUUGAUUCCUUGG